AUGGUGCGACAUAGUUCCGAGGCCCCCAGUACUACUCCUGGGGGACAGACCACCCUGGGCUCCUCGUUCUAUCCACCGGAGUAUAUUUGGAAUUCUCUCUCUGAUACCCAACGCGAUUCAUUUAUGUCCACAGUGUCCGCUUCCCUCGUUGCGGGCGACGGGCAGCGUAAGCGCCCACGUAUAGAUCUCACCACAGAGGAGGAUAUCGACGACGGUAGGGUUCCGUCUCUUGUUUUGCCAGUCCUCCCCCGCUUCCCCGGUCUCGACCGUGCUGCCAUUAUAGCCGUUUUUGAACACACCUUCCGCCCAAAGAAGGACCUCAUAAAACUUCGCAGCCCCGAAUUCAAAGCCUCGGCACCGGAUGGCGAGUCCUUCGACUUGAAGUCCACAUCGUCUGGCCUGCAAUUCCGCAAGGUGGUUUCAAUCAAGGACUGGGGCAAUGACGCAUCCCUGUGGGCCCACUGCUUUAGCAAUUAUAUCGCCAUCUGGUGUGAUUUCUUCGCUGCCAAGCACUCACUAUGCAUCAGUGGAAUGGUCCUUUUCCACCGCCGUAUUUGUGACCUUGCCAGGGCAUAUAAGUGGCAGGAGUGUAUUCUGCAAAUGGCCUUAGACCACCAUCAGAUGGUCGUCGAUAAAGGCGACCUUGCCGUUUCUCUUGGCGACUGGGAAAUUGGGAAAGCUCUCGAAAGCUCCUACCUACGCCCGGAUAACGUGCUCCCAGCAAAGACAGCGCCGACUACCCCAACCACACGGUCAACGCGCUCAACCGCCGCCUCAAACAACGAUUCUUUUGAGAUCUUUGACUCUUCUCUCCCGCCCCUGCGUGAUUCUGCUUCCCCUUUUAUCAGUUCAGUGUGGGAAACUCUCCUUGAACGAUAUCCUGGCGAUCUAGGGACUAUUUGCAGCGGUAUUCUCACAUUCGGCUGCCGCCUUGGUUGUACGGGCCAGCCGACAGACCGCCGAACAUCUAAUCACCAUAUUGAGGAACCCUCUAUUAUCACCCAAAAGCUCUCCGAUGACCUGUCAAAUCGUCGAGUGCAAGUUUGCACUGGUCCCGCUGUUGUGUCUCCACUAGGGCUCGUACCUAAACAAGACGGAAGCUGGCGCCGUAUCCAUGACCUUUCCUACCCGCCAGGGUGCAGUGUCAACGAGUCUAUCCCGGCUAUCGCCUCUGCCAUACAAUACAUCUCCAUAGAUCACAUUUUCGAACUCACCCGCACCUCUGGACGAGGAUGCUUUAUCAUCAAACGCGACAUCAAAGAUGCUUUCCGCAAUAUCCCCGUCGCACCGGCCGACCGGCCUCUCCUAGCCUUUUCGUGGGAUAGCAAGACAUACAUGGAGUGUUGCCUUCCAUUUGGUCUUGCAACUGCACCCUUCAUCUUUAAUCUCUUUGCUGAGGGUCUCAACUGGCUUCUGACUGCCUACUUACCUGGGGCCUCUAUCGUCCAUUACCUUGACGAUUUUAUCACUGUUUUUCCUCCUUCUGUAGGAGAUGUUUCUCAGGCUAUCGCCGAGUUCAAUACCGUAUACAUUCCUCUUACAGAUGCACUAGGCAUCCCAAGGAAUAACACCAAAGACGCCGCGGGUACCGUGGUCAAUGUGCUUGGGAUCGAAAUCGACACAACACUUCUACAGGCCCGCAUGCCUCGCGAUAAGCUAACACGCGCAUCUUCUGAGGCCGCGUCGCUAUUACAGCAAAAUCGUGUUUCGCAUAAAGCCUUGCAACGUGUGAUCGGUUUCCUCCAACACUGCUCAAUGGUCAUUCGUCUUGGCAGACCCCGCCUCCAGUCGCUCUACAGCGACCUCGCAUCUUUCCCACCUCACCAGCGCUCUCUCCGCCGCCUAUCCCAUGAUAGCCGCGAGGACCUCGCAGCCGCCCCCCUAGUUGCCCUCUACACAGACGCGUGUGACUCCGGUCUGGGCCUCUUCUUCUUUUUUGCGCCCUCACGGGACUCCGCCGGAGACUGGUUGUCUGCAGCACCUUACCUGCCUUCCACUCACGCCGCUAUUGUGGACGCCUCCUCCGUCUGCGCUAGCGAGGCCCACAUCAACACCAAGGAGGUUACCGCAAUUCUGCAGGCCUUCCUUCUACACAGCCUCCAUUGGGCUCAUCAUCGUGUCCUCGCUUUUACGGACAGUGCCGUCGCGUUCCAUGGCCUGUCUAAGCAGGCACUCCGCGGGCCGGCCCAUCGCCAACUGCUCAUGCUUUUCAUGGACGAGCUCCUUUCCCUUGCUCCGCCAGCCUGGUUCUCCAGCCAGCCUAUUUUCGUGAGUGCUGGUCAUGCUAAGCUGGUCUGGAAUGGUCUGGCAGAGGGAACAAGAAAAGGGUACCGCUCCGCACAGCGCUCAUACACCCGUAGCUGCGCCCUCAAUGGAUUACAGCCAUGGCCAGCAACAGCACCAGCGAUCUACACUUGGCUCACGGAACGACUGCUGGGCGCAGGUGGGAGCCCACCAGUGAAGCCCGAUACAGCUAUGUCUGAGCUCUCAGCGCUCCGCGCGUACCACGUCGACAACGGUCUUUCCGAUGCAAUUUUUGACCUCCACGCCAAGCAUUUUCGUCGUAUGGUCGAUGGUGCUCGCCGGCUGCAACCCCCGCGCCAAAAGCGGGUUCGCAAUCCAAUCCCACGCACCUCAAUUAUAACCCUAUCAGGGAAUAUUUCACAUCUACCUGCCCAGCCACUGAGGCUCUCAGGGCCCCAGAGAGACGAUCUCAAUCUUGCCGUGGCUGCCCGGGUUGCCUUCGCCGGGUUUCUUCGGUUCGGGGAAUUUACAUACUCAGCUGCUGAGCAUAGGAAUACGCAAAUCUUUGUUGCUACUAAGUUAACCCGGGGGGAUAUCAGAUUCUCCCCUACCAUGGACCACGUCCUCCUCACUUUAAAGAGAAGCAAGACCGACCGAAACCACGAAGGUGUUAAUAUUGUCCUUGCAGCGACAAACGACGCGGCCUGCCCCGUUGAGGGACUUUCUAAGCUAUUCCUUCAUGAUUCACAACCUUCAACUGCUCCUUUGUUUACGCUCUCCUCCGGGCCAUUCACCUCAGCCGCCUUUCAACGCGCCGUUAUCUCCAAGCUCAAACGCUCUGGGGAAGAUACCACAGGACUAAAAGGUCAUAGUUUCAGAAAAGGGGCAGCCCAACACGCCCACGAUUCGGGCCUGAGAAGUGACCACAUUCAAGCCCUCGGAAGAUGGUCUUCCGAAGCUUUCCGUCUUUACUUCACGACGCCCCCAACAACACUGUACACCUGGAACCGUCAAUUCCAGACCGGUCAUCCAACUCCGGUCUCCUCUUCCUCACCACCAGCCCCUCCACCAUCCUUAUUUGGCCCAUCGGGUCAUUUGGGCCCGCCUGCAGCCCUCGCGGCGCUGUAG